AUGGAGCAGAACUUUCCUCAAUGCGUGCGGGAGGCCUGGGAUUCUGCAGAGAAGUCCCAGGAACCAGAGAUGCUGCAAAUCUUGAGCUUAGCGGACCCUGAGGAAUGGCAGCUCCCUUUCUAUCCUAAGCUGGGCCACCUCUCUUGGGACAACCAGAACUUCAAUCGGGAACUACUUUCUACCCCCUGCGGGCUUCUGCGCGCUUACUGCCCCAAACACGGACCCAGAGCGCAGAGAACCUCGCCGCCCGCCCCGGACCCAAUGACCACGACACGCCAGGAGCCACAGGCGCCCCCAGGAGAGGCGGCCGCCGCCCGCCCCCAAAGCUUCUCUGGGCUCGUCUUCCAACAUCGAGGACCCAAAAUCUGGAACCCGAGACCUCUGACCUCAAAGACCCAUCUGGAGCAUCGCCCUCCUCCUGGCCUGGGGAGACACCACUCGAAGUCUCAAGACAAGUGGCAGCGGACCAAUGCGCUGUCGCCAAGAACUUGGGCUGCCUCCCCUGCAGCGUUUCGGCCCAAGAGCCCUCAUCUCCGCUGA